UUGUGCGGACAGACCGUCAGAAACAGGAGGAGAUCACCGAGCGAAGGAGCGACUCCGGCAACCGACGACAGCCGCUCCGGGAACCGCCGGGGGAGGAAAGAGUGGCGAAAUCCCGUCCGUGUUAUCAAGAGAGCGAAAGCCUCGCCAAAAAGAUAAGACGUCAGUGGAGGGAAAACCGAGUCGGUGAUAUAUAUGUAUGCAUGAGAAGGAAAUACUCCGAAAAAUCCAAGGAAGGGGGUGUUUUGCGGAGCGGAGACGGAGAGGAGAGGCGGAAGAGAGCUAUAUAUUAUCAUUAACGAGGAAAAACCUGCGAGAAAAAAAGGGGGAAAACACCAACAUGAAAAAUCAUUAUGUGUCCGUCGCGGAGGAAGGAAAGAGCCCGCAUAGACAAUUAUAUAAAUAAAUUGCUGCCGGGCAGAAGGGAGAGGUGGAAAGAAAGACGGGUUUAAAGAGAAGGGGAAAAUUGCCAGGAUCAACACGAAGGGGGGCAUUCUCCAUCACAAAGAGUCAAUGAGAGGAUUUUGUCAGCCCGAAAUAUUUUAGCGGGGGGGUGUCAACAUCAUCGUGCCGAUCUGAAGCUUUCCGCUUCCGAAAUAGCCAUAAUUUCUUAGCGAUCCACCGUCAAAAUUUUAUCACAUUUUCGCCUGUCGCCGUAGCUGUGCUCCUGUUUUUUGUUAACAGCUUUCUGUUUCUGUUCGCUUGCAUGGCCAAGGCAUCUUCUAAGCAGUGAUUGACAGGUAAAUAUAUAUAUAUAUUUUCUUUCUUGGAAUAUGUAUCACUCUUUUCGUUAUCUGAGAUUGCAAGAGUUUAAACCAAGCGAAAAGCGGAGGAGGAACCUCUUCUGGAGCACAAGAUAAGUAACCCCACAGAUCGUCCUCUGCAAAAUAAAACUAAUUGGAUCAAUCUGACUGCCCGCUGAUUGGCAAUUAGAGCUGUGAUUGCCCUCAAGAACUGUGCUGUCAAAGAAAUAAAGUCUGCAUCAGAAUCGAUUGCACCAGAGCAGUGAUUUUUGAUAAGAUUUUUUGCUGUUUUCAACCUUUGCCAGCACCGCUGACUGCAAGAGGCAUAAUCGUGCAAAAGGGGGUUGCAACAGCCAAAUGUGCAAUACGAGUCUUGUUCUUUCUGACCCAGUGCCUUGCAUGGUCAAACACUAAGUGCACAAUUUAGCCUGCAUGCACAUGCAAAAGAAAACUCGUGCAUGGAAAUAGACAUCCGCAAUAGAUAUUCUUUUGUAUCUGAAUAACAGCGAGUGUGAGACGGUGUUUUCAUCUCCCUGCAGAACUAUUUAUUCAGUUACAGUUAAGCCAAUGCCAGUUGUGUUUUUUUCUCAGUAUUGCACUUGAGAGUACCACUUACGCUUUAACUGUACAAAGCCACUGCUUAAAGCUACUGCUGGUGGUCUCCACGCCGGCUGACUGCCUUUUUGGAAACGUAAAGGAAUCAGUGGCAGUGAGAUGUCUGGUCAGGGGAGAGAAAUGGUAAACGCAACCGAGGAUCUUGUAACUGUUGCAUGAGAUAUCGGCCUCCAGAAGUUAACACAGAACUACUCCUGGCGUGUGUUUUUGGACCACCAUUGCCAUUUCCGUGCCCACGCCGAGACUCUCCCGUGGAGUGUUUCAGACCUGAAAUACAGGAUUUCUCCGCCGACUAUGGCGGGCAGGACUGAGUGCACCACGGAGGACGGAUCUUGGGACAAUUUUUGUGUCGCAGAAGAGGCUACAUGAGGUUGUCAGAGGGCCGCACGCUUGCCUUUUUUGCCGACUCCACCUUCCCACCUCCUCCUCUUCAAAUCUGUGAAGAAACAAAAUCUCCGCCAGGGGAGGGGGACUGAUAUCUGCAGAGAGGCAUAAACCGAGAGGGAGAACUGUGAGGGAAGGAGUUCAGCAUUGCUGUCUUCUCCCCUGCCGUCCCCCCAAGCGGUGGGGGAACGAUCAGAAGUAUUUCUUAAAGGAAUAAGGAGACGCAAAUAAAGGGAAUACGUUUGCCCUCCGUGGAUCUACAGCAUUUUUUUUAAUUCGUCAAAAAUAUGGCCGAUAAUGUCCUGGAGUCCGGCCCGCCUUCAGCCAAGAGGCCCAAGCUGUCCUCUCCAGCUCUCUCGGUGUCUGCCAGUGAUGGAAAUGAUUUUGGGUCACUCUUUGACCUGGAGCAUGACCUCCCAGAUGAGCUCAUCAGUUCCUCGGAUCUGGGGCUGACCAAUGGAGGGGAUGCCAGCCAACUCCAUACCAGUCUUGGAGGGGUCGGAGGAGGGAUUGGUGUGGGAGGAGGCCAGGAUGCUGCUGCUAAACACAAACAGCUGUCUGAACUCUUGCGCGCUGGAGCACCAGCACAGCAGGGUGGCCCUGCUUCCAACAGCACAGCACCUGGGGCCUCCAUGGGGAUGAUGGGGGGUGUCAGUGUUUCCCCUGGUGGGCCUCAAGGCAUGCCACCCCAGGGCCAGCAGCAGCAACCCGGAUUAAUGCAGCAGGUUGGGAUGGUUGGAGGGGUUGCAGCUCUCAAUCGG